AUGGCAGUUCCAGAGCAGAGCCAAGACGUGUUUCCAUGGCUGAAAUCGCUGCCAGUAGCCCCGGAGUUCCGACCAACUCUGGCAGAGUUCCAAGAUCCGAUUGCUUACAUUUUGAAGAUCGAAGAAGAAGCUUCCAAAUACGGAAUCUGCAAAAUUUUGCCUCCUGUGCCUCCUUCCUCUAAGAAAACCGCCAUUAACAACCUCAACCGUUCUCUGGCGGCGCGAGCGGCGGCGAGGGCUCGUGACGGCGGCGACGCGUUCGAUUACGACGGUGCUCCCACAUUUGCCACGCGCCAGCAGCAGAUCGGAUUUUGCCCCAGGAAGCAGCGGCCGGUGCAGAGACCAGUGUGGCAGAGCGGAGAGCAUUACAGUUUCGGUGAGUUCGAGUUUAAAGCUAAGAACUUUGAGAAGAGUUACCUCAGGAAAUGCGGCAAAAAGAGUCAACUCUCUGCUCUCGAAAUCGAGACUCUUUACUGGAGAGCCACAGUGGACAAGCCCUUCUCUGUUGAGUAUGCAAACGACAUGCCUGGCUCGGCUUUUAUCCCUCUGAGCCUAGCCGCUGCGAGGAGGAGAGAGUCUGGUGGCGACGGAGGAACAGUUGGUGAGACAGCUUGGAACAUGAGGGCAAUGGCUAGAGCAGAAGGAUCAUUGCUUAAGUUCAUGAAAGAGGAUAUCCCUGGGGUUACAUCUCCAAUGGUGUAUAUUGCUAUGAUGUUUAGUUGGUUUGCUUGGCAUGUGGAAGAUCAUGACCUCCAUAGUCUCAAUUACUUGCAUAUGGGUGCUGCUAAGACUUGGUACGGUGUGCCAAAGGAUGCUGCUUUGGCUUUUGAGGAGGUUGUUAGGGUUCAUGGUUAUGGAGAAGAGCUUAAUCCUCUUGUGACUUUUUCUACUCUUGGUGAGAAGACAACUGUGAUGUCCCCUGAAGUGUUUGUGAAAUCCGGUAUACCUUGUUGCAGGUUAGUGCAAAAUCCUGGAGAGUUUGUCAUCACCUUUCCAGGAGCAUAUCAUUCAGGGUUUAGUCAUGGAUUCAAUUUUGGGGAAGCAUCUAACAUUGCAACUCCCCAAUGGUUGACAAUAGCGAAAGAUUCUGCCAUCCGGCGAGCAGCAAUAAAUUACCCUCCAAUGGUUUCUCAUCUCCAGUUACUUUAUGACUAUGCAUUGGCUCUAGGUUCAAGAGUGCCAACAAGCAUCCACACCAAACCACGGAGUUCAAGAUUGAAAGACAAGAAAAGAAGCGAAGGAGAGAGAUUAACUAAAGAGCUAUUUGUGCAAAACAUUAUCCACAACAAUGAGUUGCUUUGUUCUCUCGGAAAAGGAUCUCCAGUGGCCCUUCUCCCUCAGAGUUCCUCGGAUGUAUCAGUUUGUUCUGAAUUGCGAGUUGGAUCCGGUUUAAGUACUAACCAGGAAAACCCGAUCCAACUAAAAUCAGAAGACCUGAGUUCUGAUAGUGUUAUGGUCGGUUUCAGUAACCGUAUUAAGGACACUGUCACAGUAAAAGAAAAAUUUACAUCUUUAUGUGAAAGGAGCAGAAAUCACCUUGCAAGCAGAAAGAACGAGACUCAAGGAACUCUGACAGAUGCUGAAAUGAAGAAAAAUAAGGCGCUUUCAGACCAGAAGCUUUUCUCUUGUGUUACUUGCGGAAUCUUAAGCUUUGAUUGUGUUGCUAUUGUUCAACCUAAAGAAGCAGCAGCUAGAUAUCUCAUGUCUGCGGAUUGUAGCUUCUUCAAUGAUUGGUCAGUUGCGAAUCUUGGUCAGGAUGCAGGAUCACUACAUCAUUCGCAAAGCACAGAAAAGCAUGAUGUAGAUUACCUCUGCAAUGUUCCUCUUCAAACUAUGGAUCAUUCAGUGAUGACAGGUGAUCAAAUAACUUCACCAUGUUCCCAAACAAAAGCAUCUAAAGGUGAUGGUGCUCUUGGGCUGCUAGCUUCAGCAUAUGGAGACUCUUCUGAUUCCGAGGAAGAAGACCACAAGGGCUUAGAUGUUCCUAUUUCGGACGGGGUUACAAGAAAGCAUGAUCAAGAAGGUUCCUGUGUAUUUGAAGCAUCAUCUUUUGAUACAGAUGGCAACGAGGAGGCUAGAGUUGCACGUGGGAAAGGGAAAGAGGUUGACGUAUCACAUGCUACUUCAAGUUCUUCGUCGCUCUCUUGUGCUACCGAACAUAAUACUUUACCAUUUAUUCCAAGAUCUGAUGAUGAUUCCUCUCGGUUGCACGUGUUUUGUCUUGAGCAUGCUGCGCAAGUUGAACAGCAACUUCGUCCUAUUGGUGGCAUUCACAUAAUGCUACUCUGCCAUCCAGAGUACCCCAGGAUAGAGGCUGAAGCGAAGAUAGUUGCAGAAGUGCUUGCACUCAAUCACGAAUGGAAUGAUACUGAAUACAGGAAUGUGACUCGAGAGGAUGAGGAAACGAUUCAGGCGGCGUUGGAUAAUGUUGAAGCUAAGGCUGGGAACAGUGAUUGGGCUGUAAAGUUGGGUAUUAACCUUUCUUACAGCGGCAUUCUCAGUCGCUCUCCUCUGUACAGUAAGCAGAUGCCUUACAACUCUAUCAUAUACAAUGCCUUCGGUCGCAGCUCUCUAGCAACAAGCUCACCCACGAAACCUCAGGUUUCUGGUAAAAGAUAUUCCAGACAGAGGAAAUAUGUUGUCGGGAAAUGGUGUGGCAAGGUUUGGAUGUCGCAUCAGGUGCAUCCCUUUUUGCUGGAGGAAGACUUAGAAGGGGAAGAAUCUGAAAGAAAUUUUCAUCUGCGAGAUGCUCUGGAUGAGGAUGUCAGUGGAAACAGAUUGUUUCCUGGUAAUGCUUCUAGAGAUGGAACCACAAUGUUUGGAAGAAAGUACACUAGGAAGAGAAAGAUGAGAGCAAAGGCUGUGCAACGCAAGAAGCUUACCUCUUUUAAGAGGGAAGAUGGAGUUUCUGAUGACACAUCAGAGGAUCAUUCUUAUAAGCAGCAAUGGAGGGCUCCCGGGAAUGAGGAAGAGUCUUAUUUUGAGACAGGGAAUACGGUUUCUGGUGAUUCGUCAAAUCAAUUGUCUGAUGAGGAAACCGUCAGACAUAAAAGUUAUAAAGAGUUUGAGUCGAAUGAUGAGGUUUCUGACCGUUCACUUGGAGAAGAAUACGCUGUAAGGGAAUGUGCAGCUUCAGAGAGCUCAAUGGAGGAUGGCUUUCAGCAUUCAAUGUAUGAUGAUGAUGAUGAUGAUAUCUACAGGCACCCUAGAGGGAUUCCAAGGAGCAAACGGACUAAAAUUAUUAGGAAUCCGGUUUCAUAUGAUUCAGAAGAAAAUGGAGUUUAUCUGCAAAGGGGAAGAGGAUCCACUAGUAAUGCGGAAGCUAGUCGAAUGGGUGGUGAGUACGAUUCAGCUGAGAAUUCUCUGGAGGAACAAGACUUUUGCAGUACAGGGAAAAGGCAAACCAGGUCCACAGCUAAACGGAAAGUAAAAACAGAGAUAGUUCAGAGUUCGAGAGGCACGAAAAGUCGCGCUUUGCAACAAUUUGGAUCUGGAAAGAAGAAUCAAGAAUUGGAUGCAUACAUGGAGGGACCUAGCACACGGCUUAGGGUGAGAAACUUGAAUUCCUCAAGAAGGUCUUUAGAAACCAAACCAAAGAAAAUUGUUAAGAAAGAAAGUAGUAAUGCUUCCUUCUCUGGAGUUGCAAGUGAAGAAGACGUGGAGGAAGAUGAAGGAGAAGAGAAUGUGGAAGAGGAAGUGGAACGCUUGGCGUACCAAUGUGACAUGGAAGGUUGCACAAUGAGUUUCAGUUCAGAAAAACAGUUGGCUUUGCAUAAGAGAAACAUAUGUCCUGUUAAAGGCUGUGGUAAAACCUUCUUCUCGCACAAGUAUCUGGUUCAACACCGGCGUGUUCACUUAGACGAUCGCCCUCUGAAGUGUCCUUGGAAGGGCUGCAAGAUGACGUUUAAGUGGGCUUGGUCUAGAACCGAGCACAUAAGGGUUCACACUGGUGCAAGGCCUUAUGUUUGCGCUGAACCGAGUUGUGGACAGACGUUCCGGUUUGUCUCAGAUUUUAGCAGGCAUAAGAGGAAGACCGGUCAUUUAGUUAAGAAGACGAAGAAAAGGUGA